CACCGCAGGCUUCUGUACGUCAUUUCCAGCUACCAGAGUCCGCUGGCUGCAGUCAUUAAACACGGCGAACGUGGAGGCAGGACUAUGUGCUCACGUUGAAUGCAGGAAGCUCUGGACGCCAGCCUGCAAUCAGCCUUAACAGGAGGAAGUGCGGCUGGACUCGCUGGCACGGAGCCGUAUAAUACAGCCACGAGCGCCGGCUGGGCUGAAUCCCGUGCAUGCACCGGGGGACCGGGUUUAUAGGAGUGCGCGGCAAAUUUGAAUUGCCCGUGGGUUGCAGGGUCUUAACCCCCCUCGCUUACAGUCGGUGGCGCUGGGCCCUAGCGCUGCAAGUUUCUGCAAUCCCGACCCUACUGCACCAUCCAGAAGGCUGCGCAAGGUUUGGAAAAUGAAUCGCGAUGCAUACGUUUCAGAAGUCGCUCUGCGUAAUCUGAUUUGAACAUAAUGCACGGAUCUCCUGAGCGUGCAAAAUGCGCAAAACGGAGAAUGCAGCCGGAGAAAACCUGGAUUGUGAAGCCGAUGAGUUUUCAGAUGAGGCCAAUGCCGAAAGCCUCUAUGCCACCUCUCCGCCCAACAAUCCCCGACAGAUGAAACGUAUGUCAACGAAACACCAGCGAAAUAGCGCGGGGAGGGUGGUCAGCCGCUCCAUGUUCAAAGAAAAGAUGAGUACACCAAAUCAGACACCGCACAAGGAAGCCAGCAAAAUAGCUGAAAAUGUAGAGGAUCACAGCUACAGGCAAGAGAAGAAGAACAGAGCAACGCUCAGGACAACAGAGAGGGAUCACAAGAAAAAUGUGCAAUGUUCAUUUGUACUGGACCCAGGCAGUGCUUCUUUGCCAAAAAAAUCAAUUCCAGAUGUUGAUCUUAAUAAACCUUACCUCAGCCUUGGCUGCAGCAGUGCCAAGCUACCUGUGUCUGUGCCUGUUCCAAUAGCAAGAACUACCCGUCAGACCUCUCGUACUGAUUGCCCAGCUGACCGCCUCAAAUUCUUUGAAACUCUGAGACUUCUGUUAAAACUCACAUCUGUCUCUAAAAAAAAGGAAAGGGAACAGAGAUGUCAAGAUAAUAACUCAUCCAUGUGGUUUAAUCGUUCAAAUGAACUUUUUUGGCUCGAACUUCAAGCAUGGCAUGCUGGCCGCAGUAUUAAUGACCAAGACUUGUACCUGUAUACAGCCCGCCAAGCCAUCCCAGACAUCAUUAAUGAGAUUCUAACAUUCAAAGUGAAUUAUGGGAGAUUGUCUUCUGUUACCAAUGGAGGCAACUUGAAUGGGACUUUGUCAGAUAGUCAGUUUAUGGUCUGCCAUGACACUGUUGGUGUGGGCUACUCAAGCUAUCAUGACCACAUCCAGAAACAGAGAACCUCUUUUGAGCAGGUAAAACAGAUAAUGGAGUUACUGGAAUACAUUGAAGCACUUUAUCCAUCUUUGCAUGCUCUCCAAAAGGACUAUGAGAAAUAUGCUGCAAAGGACUUUCAGGCACGAGUGCAGGCACUCUGCUUGUGGCUCAAUAUAACAAAGGACCUUAAUCAUAAACUUAGAAUUAUGGGAACUGUUCUAGGUAUCACAAACCUUUCUGACAUUGGCUGGCCAGUGUUUGAAAUCUCUUCACCACGUCCAUCAAACUGUCCAGUUGACGAAGAUAAUGAUAUAGAGAAUGAGAGUGGUCUGAACGAAGGAAUAUCUGAGACUUUUAUAGAGGAGAGUGAGGGAGAGGAGAGUGAGGCAGAGGAACAAAUAGACAGUGUGUUGGAUGCUAGUCAAGAUGUAGACAAGCUCAACCACAAGAUAAAGGUUCGUUUGAAGAAAGAGGACCAAUACUCACAAAAGUUGGACAGGUUUGCCUCUGAGGAUGAUUCCUGCUGGGCAAAUCAGGAAUGCAAUCAUGAGUCUGGAUGUAAUAGGCAUUGUUUAACGUCCAUAUACAGACCCUUUGUCGAUAAAGCUUUAAAGCAGAUGGGUCUCCGGAAACUCAUUUUAAGACUUCAUAAACUAAUGCAUGGUUCCCUUCAGAGAGCUCGCACAGCAUUGAUAAAGUCUGAUCUUAAAAGAGAGCUUUCAGAAUUUCCAGACCUCAUGUUGUGUUCAGACUACCUGCCUGACCUCUUGAGGCAAACAUCUAGCUCCACACAGGAUGAAUAUACCGGCGAUCUUGUAUCAUGGGAAGAGUUAAAGUCCAUGGAUUUGCCAUCCUUCGAGCCUGCAUUCUUGGUACUUUGUCGGGUCCUCUUGAAUGUUAUUCAUGAAUGUCUCAAAUUGAGACUGGAGCAGAGACCAGCUGGGGAACCAUCACUCCUAAGUAUUAAGCAGUUAGUACGAGAGUGCAAGGAAGUCUUGAAGGGUGGACUUUUGAUGAAGCAAUAUUAUCAGUUCAUGUUACGGGAAGUAUUAAACGACUUGCAGAAACUUGACUCCAAUAUUGAUGCUUUUGAGGAAGAUCUACACAAGAUGUUAAUGGUGUAUUUUGAUUAUAUGAGGAGUUGGAUUCAAAUGUUGCAGCAUUUGCCUCAAGCCUCUCACAGUCUAAAAAACCUACUGGAGGAGGAAUGGAAUUUCACCAAGGAAAUCACUCCAUACAUUCGAGGUGGUGAAGCUCAGGCGGGAAAACUUUUUUGUGACAUAGCAGGAACGUUGCUCAAAUCCACUGGGAAUUUCCUUGAUUCCGGUCUGCAGGACAGCUGUGAGGAAUUUUGGGCCAGCACUGAUGAUGGCAGCGUCUCUGAUGAAAUCAGGAGAUCCGUGAUUGAAACCAGCCGAGCCUUGAAAGAGCUGUUUCAUGAAGCAAGGGAAAGAGCAUCUAAAGCUCUUGGCUUUGCAAAGAUGUUACGAAAGGAUCUCGAAAUAGCAGCAGAAUUUACUUUUUCAGUGCCAGUGCAAGAUCUUCUAACUUCCUUAAAAGCAAAGGAUUAUACAAAGGUCCUUAUUGCAACCCUAGAAAACUUGCACGUGUUUGUUCCUGAUAAUGUUUCCAAGGGGAAGGCUGUUAUUCUACAGUUACUUAGUGCUGCUGCUGGUAUAGAUUGUUCUAAAGACUGUGAGGAUGUGGCAUAUGAUGCAUUUCUGCUCAUGACCAAGCAUUCUGGCAAAGACCUGGAUAACGAAGACAACUGGAGUUUCUGGAAUGGGCAGACCGUGAAAAUCGUACCCCCUGUAGAAAUGGCUGACACUCUAAGGAGUAUGCAGGUUGACAACAUAUUGCUUGUGGUUCUGCACUCAGCCCAUCUGAUGAUUCACAGAAAGGCUUUUCAGCACUCAUUUGAAGGACUUUUAUCUCUGCGUCUUGAGCAGACAUCAAGUCAUCCUGUGAUUGCAGAAUCUUUGCAUCAGCUCAAGAGUGAUGCUUUGCAACUCUGCAAUAAGAUAAGCAGUGCUAUUGAUAGAGUCGAUCAGAUGUACACCUCUGAAUUUGACACGGAAGUUGAUGAGCCAGAAUCUGCAACUCUGCACCAGUACUAUCGAGAAGCAAUGAUCCAAGGUUACAACUUUGGGUUUGAGUACCAUAAAGAAGUGGUUCGACUCAUGUCUGGGGAAUUCAGACGGAAAAUUGGUGACAAAUACAUUACCUUUGCCAGAAAAUGGAUGAAUUAUGUCCUAACAAAAUGUGAAAGUGGCCGUGGCACCAGACCAAGAUGGGCAACUCAAGGUUUUGACUAUCUUCAAGCGAUUGAGCCUGUAUUCAUAUCGGCAUUACCUGAAGAUGACUUUCUGAAUUUGCAAGCGCUCAUGAAUGAGUGUAUUGGUCAUGUCAUUGGGAAACCCCAUAGUCCAGUAACAGGCUUGUACUUGGCUACUUAUCGCAACAGUCCCCGUCCUGUAAAGGUACCGCGAUGUCACAGUGACCCACCAAACCCAAACCUUGUUACUCCCACACCAGAAGGCUUUAGAGGUUCCAGUGUUCCUGAAAAUGAUCGCUUGUCCUCCAUCGCAUCAGAACUGCAGUUCAGAUCCCUUAGUCGGCACUCCAGCCCAACUGAGGACAAAGAAGAGCCUACGUAUCCAAAGGCAGAGUCAGGUGGAUCAGUCAGACGAAGUUGGGAGCUUCAGACUUUCAUCAGCCAGGCUAGAGAUUGUCGUCUUACAGACAGUGCGGCCAGGCCAAAGCCAAUGGAUGCUAUUCAGAAGUCUGUCAUGUUAUUUGAAGAUCAGAGAUAUCGCAAGAUGAGAAAGAAAAAUAUAAUUGGCCAAGUCUGUGACACCCCUAAGUCUUAUGACAACUUUAUGCAUGUAGGGUUGAGGAAAGUAACCUUUAAGUGGCAGAGGGGGAAUAAAAUAGGUGAAGGUCAAUAUGGCAAAGUUUACACCUGCAUUAGUGUGGAUACAGGAGAGCUCAUGGCAAUGAAAGAAAUCCGAUUUCAGCCAAAUGACCACAAGACAAUCAAGGAAACUGCAGAUGAAUUGAAAAUAUUUGAAGGCAUUAAACACCCCAAUCUUGUUCGUUACUUUGGAGUGGAGCUUCACAGAGAGGAAAUGUACAUUUUCAUGGAGUAUUGUGACGAAGGUACCUUGGAGGAAGUGUCCAGACUUGGCCUCCAGGAACAUGUUAUUCGGCUUUACACAAAGCAGAUUACGAUUGCAAUAAAUGUUCUACAUGAACAUGGGAUUGUUCAUAGAGAUAUCAAAGGAGCAAAUAUAUUUUUGACUUCAUCUGGACUAAUAAAAUUGGGAGACUUUGGAUGUUCAGUGAAACUUAAAAACAACACACAGACCAUGCCAGGAGAAAUAAAUAGCACACUGGGAACAGCAGCAUAUAUGGCUCCAGAAGUGAUCACAAGAGCUAAAGGAGAGGGUCAUGGUCGUGCAGCAGACAUCUGGAGUCUUGGUUGUGUAUUAAUAGAAAUGGUUACUGGAAAGAGACCUUGGCAUGAAUAUGAGCACAACUUCCAGAUUAUGUACAAAGUGGGAAUGGGACACAAACCACCCAUCCCAGAUCGAAUAAGCCCGGAAGGAAAAGACUUCCUUUCUCACUGCCUGGAAAGUGAUCCAAAGAAGAGGUGGACCGCUAGCCAGCUACUGGACCAUCCAUUUGUCAAGGUUUGCACAGAUGAAGAAUAAAUCUGUUUGCACAGAUGAAGACUUAAAUCUGUUUGCAAAAUGUAGCGAACUGUUUUCAACAAGUCAUCUCUUAAUCACUACUGUAUGUAAUAUUUACAUAAAGACUACACUGAGGCACACAGUGCAACAUUAUAUAUUACUAUGACUAAAGACUGAACAGGUGACAGAAGUCACUCCUCUCCUGCUGCUGCUGCUCUUGUAUGUUAUCCAUGUGACAGUAUCCUGCACAUUUUCUAAAGAAGCUGCAUGUAUCAGUGAAGUGCCAUUACUACUGUACAUGGAAAAUUGCUUCAUUUUUUCAUUUAUAUUGCUUUUUAUUUCUCAUGUCAUUGAGAACUGUAAUAAAUAGUACUGUUUUGAACUGUCAGGUUCAGAUGUAAGUUGUAUUAUUAUAAAGCAACCUGACCUGCAAUUUGUAAAUGUUUAAAUAUGUCCUGUUUGAGUGCACUGUGAACAUGUUAUUUUUGGGUAAGCUUCGGAUUUGUUAUGCAAAAAAAGCUAAUGAAAUAGGAAGUUUUCAUAAUAAAUGUUUUAUUUUAGGA